CUGCCUUCAGUUGAUUGAGUAUGGUUGUGAGGUGGAGUGCGGUCAUGCCGGGCUAGCGAGUUCAUGUUUGUUAACGUUAACGAUCGUUUAUUUCAUAAUCUUAAGUCGGUUCUAAGCGAGUGUGUCGAAAUGUCAAGAUGCCGCUACGGUGACUGCGAAACUUACAGCGGUUAAGAAACCUGUUUUUUAAUAGUUUUAUUCUAACCCCGGAGGGUUUCGAACUAUUACAAAAACUAGAAGAACUACGAAAAAAGGCUCAAAUGCUGCUGUUUCUUCUCAAUGAGGGCGAAAAGUUUCCUAGUAGUGUUCACAUGCAUUGUCGCUACAACAAUACUCAUACUAACAUUCGGUGAUCAACACCCAAAAAUUCAGAGCCUCGUCUCCGAAACACACCGGCAAUUAAAAAAUAAUUUAAGGAAUAUUAAGGAUAAAUUUGAUGGCAAAGCUGAUGUUAAGAAGCUUGAAGCCGAUGAAAGAUAUUUGAGCCUGUUAGGUUUCGGCGAAAAUGCAAGGCUUUAUCCAGAUGAUAUCUGGCAUAAUUCUUCUCUCCCAGUCAUCGUGACUUACAUCCUUCAAGGUGAUACCGAACAAGGUGUCGGCCUAGCGAGGAAUAUCGCACAUUUUCUUCCAAAUCAUACACUUCUUGUCUAUUAUUUCGGUCUUCCUGAUCAAGAUUAUCAAGCAUUGGCUACGUAUUGUAACAGUUCUAGAUGUGUGCUUGUCAAGUUUGAUCUAAGUGUUUUUCCUUCGCAUGUUUCUGAUGAUAAAAUUCAUGCUUUUCGACCUCUAAUCAUUCAGGAUGCCUUGAGCAGGGCCGGAGCCGUCCUGUACCUGGACAGCGACCAAAGAGUCGUCACUUCUCGUCUGGAACCACUCCUCGCUAAAACGCGGGCUUCGUCUCUCGUAACAUGGAGGACCAAAAAGCCUGUCACAGCACUCACUCAUCCGAGGAUGUUCAAAUACUUCUCGGCGAAGAUGGAUUCGUUUUAUUUUCUACCUAUGGUCGAAGUCGCUCGUCUUCUCGUUUUCAAUACCGGAUCCGUCCACGCUCAUAUCAUGUUGCCUUGGGUUCAAUGUGCCCUGACGCAUGAUUGCAUUCUGCCCAUAGGUGCACAGUCCGGUGGCUGCAGGUUUGAUAAAAAACCGUACUACCGAUAUUCCGGUUGCCACAGUUACGAUGCAUCAGCCCUCAACAUAGUUCUCGGGCUCCAUUUUAAGUUCGAUGCCGAUCAGUAUGCGCUAUGGGAGGAAGAAGUCUAUUUCAAAAAGGCGGCUGACCUUCUUUCCGCUGACAACACGACAGAUCUCUCCCCUUUGUGAAAAAAAAAAAGACCCAAAGCUUACGGGAUAAUGUGUUAAUACGUUUGUAAAUGUUAUCGAUUACUGUUUUAAAAAACUUGCCCGUAUUAUGUUACCUGAUUAUAGAAUCUAGAUUUUUUUUUUUUUGUUGUUUCGUUUGCAUGAUUCAUAUAAUUUUUGUUUAUUUGUCACUUGCUAUUUAUUUUAGAUAGUUAUAUAAUUAUGUUUCCUGCCAAUAAAUUUUUGUUUUUUAUUUGAGUUAAGUAAAAUUAAAUUAUAGACUUUAUUGUUAUCCAAUUCAACAUUUUUUAUUUUAUAAUG